AUGAGUAAGCAAUUAAUCGAAUUUCAAGACCAUUUGAUGAAUUCCAAGCGAAUAGUGGCAUUGGUGGGAGCUGGAUUGUCUGUAUCUUCCGGUUUGCCUACAUUCAGAGGAUCUCAAGGGCUUUGGAAAAAUUUCAAUAUGAUUGAUUUAGCAACACCAGAUGCAUUUUAUAUAGAUCCAGGAUUGGUAUGGCAGUUUUACUCUUGGAGGAGAAUCAAUGCAUUGAAAGCCAAGCCAAAUAAAGGACAUUUAGCAUUAGCAAAAUUAUCAAAAUUGAAUAAUAUAGAAUUUAUGACAAUAACCCAGAAUGUGGAUGGACUACUGAUACGAGCUGGACACCCUAAGGAAAAAUUGCAUGAGAUACACGGAUCAUUAUUUGAUUUGCGAUGUACUAGCUUCAUGUGUAAUUACGUUGAUCAUGACAAUUUCAAGAACCCAUUAACUAAAGCAUUGGCUGAUACAGAAUUUGAAUACGAUAAAAGUGGCAGAAAGAGAAAAAUAAUUGACGAAGAAGAGGUAAGUAAGUUAUCGCCGCAGUUUGCACCAGUUAAACAAAUACCAGAAGAAGAAUUACCUCAAUGCCCUGUAUGUGAAGAUGGGUCAUUAUUACGACCUGGGGUUGUGUGGUUUGGAGAGUCUUUGCCACUUCAAACAUUUGAUAAGAUAGAUAAUUUUAUAGAGCUGGAUAAGAUAGAUUUAAUUUUGGUAAUAGGGACAAGUGGUACGGUAUAUCCAGCCAAUAGUUAUGUUGAUAGAAUUAAAUUAAAAGGAGGGAAAGUUGCAAUAUUCAACACUGAUAUCGAAUCAGAGAUUUUAAAUGCCGAAGAGAAGGAUACUUGGGGAUUCCAAGGAGAUGCUGCAGAACUAUUGCCAAUAGCAUUAAAACCACUAAUUGGUGAUUUAUAA